AUGGCGCAGCUCGGCGCCAGGAGUAUGCAGAACGACGGCAGCCCUGCACCCAUGAACAAAGUCCCGGCUGCUUGCGACGACUGCAAGAAGAGGCAUCAAAGGUGCAACGGAGAGCAGCCGUGUGAAAAGUGCGUGCGCCAUUCGCGGCAGUGCCAAUAUAGCGAGCGCAUCGAUCGUUCGCCGCUGACUCGCAAGUAUGUCGAUGAGCUGGAAGCGAAACUAGCGGAAGCAUUGGACCGACUUUCUCGCGCAAAUUCUGUUGCCAAUGCCGAAGUGACAAGCAACCACGUCAUACGAGCGUCGCAUGAGGAGCGGCCUCAGAAGCGAAGGAGGCAUGUUGUUAGGUCAUACGCUGGCUACCCGCAAGCACCAAACCAGUCUGCGCCCUACUCACGAAGCCGCAAUCUUUUUGACGUCAAGCCAGAAUUCGCUCGCGCUUUUGAAUGGGAUGAGACUGACUUUGAUCAUUUGUCUGCCAUGACAGAAAAGGGCGUAGGAUCCCUGGCCUUCAGCUCUGGCAUGUCCGGCUUUCUAGGAACCUCUUCAUCUGCAGCGGCUUUACAAGUUCUUUCCACAAAGACUGGUGUAGAUAAUCUUCCAUCAGAACACCAGCCAAAUGCAGGCGAGGUGAUCAGCUACAACCCGUACAGCGUCAGUGUUAAGCCACAUGCGCGUCCUCCACAAUUGCUGGAGGAGCAUCUCAUACAGCAAUUUUACUGGCAUCAUCAUCCGCUUUACCCCUUGACCUUUGAGCCCAUUUUCAGAGCUGAAUAUCACAACAAGAUCCCGAAGCCAAAACCGUGGCCUGCGUUGCUCAACAUCAUUUUAGCUCUGGGGACCUGGUACUCGUCAGAUUCCAGUGAAGAAGUCAACGAUAUCGCGUUUUUCCGAGUCGCACAAGCGAAUCUCUCACUCGACAUUUUCAGUGCAGGUGAUCUGCCCUCUGUGCACGUUCUGGCGCUCAUGUCCGACUACUUAUUCAAGCGCAAUAAAUGUAAUACCGGCUAUCUGUAUCUUGGUUUGGCCAUUCGAAUGGCGGUCGGGAUCGGUGUACAUCGAGAAUACACAAAUUCUGCUAUUGCCCCUUGGGAAAAAGAGAUACGCCGUAGGACAUGGUGCACACUGUUUAAUAUGGAGGUGGCUGCUUGCAUCAUGCUUGGACGACCUUUAUGCAUCGACCAAUUCGAUGUGCUUCCGCCCGGUAACCUCAGCGACCUCGACUUGCCCUUUGACAGCAAAGUGAUGCCUCCUUCUGUCGAUCGCCCGACGGCGUACACUUGCUCUAUAUAUCACGGUCAACUCUCGAUGAUUGCCAUGGAGGUACACACCCGUCUACUGCUUAGCUUCGCGCCGUCGAAUACUGAAGUAGCGGAUCUUCAUCAUCGUCUCGAACUUUUCCAGCAAAGUUUGCCGCCGUAUGUCGCCCAGGAGGUGGAAUCCGAGCCAGGGUGGUUGACUGUACCUCGCUUGUUACUUCAUUGGCGACUGCUCAACAUGCAAAUCAUAUUGCAAAGACCCGCCAUCUUCCAACUCGCCAAUGAGCAGUUUGACGCUCCUUCUCAGAAUUGCUUAGAAGCAGCGUCUGAGAGCAUCCGCAUGAUCUCUGCUCAUCUUUUCGGCAGGCAGUCUGGUCAGCCAGUGACGCGAGGUCUCGCUUACAAUGCCAUGUUCUUCGCGUUCCAUGCAAGCAUAAUACCUCUCUACCUCUUGCUCAAUUUUCCCUACAGUUCAAAGACAAGCAAAUGGCGCUCAAUGGUAGAUACAGUGUUGGUGGUACUGCGACUUUUGAUGCGGACUUUGCCUCACAUCAGCAAAUGUAUCGAGACCAUUGAACGGCACAUUCAAAGAGAAGAUCGACGACCGUCAAACGACAAUCAGCCUGAUCAAAGCGCCGGCAACAUCAUUUCAUCAAUCUUGGCUUCUGGUGUUGCCAAUGAUUUUGAUUAUCAAGAUGUUGCGUCCAAUUCUAGUCUUGAGGCGAGUCACUUGGACUACAACACACUCGACAUACUGUCGAACGAAGCACACCUACUCGGGUCGUUUGGUGGCUUUUUUGACCACCAGUAA